AUGAAUCUCAAAGAUACUGAGGAAUGGGCAAACAACUUGCCAAUCCCGAGCAACCUUUCGGCAAUCACUGAGCCUACCGAUCCAGCGGAAAUAUCGCCCCACCAAAAAGUCAAGAAUAAGCCUCAAGAAUUAGGGAGAGACAGACUGGAAGCGGACUUGGAAGACGUCCCGUCGCCUUCCGAUAACACCUAUUCUCGCCGCUUCUACGCCUAUGGAAGUGGUGUAGUCUUGGGUUCUUCAAUGGGAUGGGAGAAACAUCAUAGCGACUUUGGCGAUGAUGGGCCUCUGUUGGAGGAAGUCGAUGGCUACGUUAUAUCUCCCGCUUAUUCCCCAGCGAGCCCAAUUUACAAUUCCAUGGAAGCCGAUAGCUUUCCAAUACAGGCUGACACUACUUUAUUGUCUUUAACGGGAGAAGAAGCCAUUUUAUUCUCACAAGUUCAGUCAGGUUUUGGUCGCGGUAGUCUUGAUGUGCCAAGUGUACAAGCUAGACACACCGCUACCCAAGCCAACAGCCCGGGUCUUUCAAAAUGUCUGCCUCAGAAGCUUGACUUGACAAAUCAAGAAAUGCAGCUCAGACUUCUCGAGGACCAGAAUAACAGGAGAUUAGAAAUGGCAAAACGGGAGCAGCAAAAUAGCCAUCAACAAUUCUUAAAAACAUCUCACCAGGCAAACUUAGAGAGUGCGCCUCCCAAGCUAAAUAUACCUACGAAUGAACUCGCGUGCCGCGAUUACCAGAGGCAACUUGUACUUAUCGAGAAAGAGAAUAAAGACAGGUUAGCAUUGACAGAACAGAAGCAGCAGUCAUCUACUCAACGACCUCGACGAAUUCAAAUACAACACCAGCAGCUAAUGGCUCAGCUGUCUCCCCACCGACGUCUUGGAGUUCCCGAUAGAGUUCCUGGGGUGGAUUUCGAGCGAUGUCAUAAUAUUGAGGCCUGCCAAAGUAUGGAGACCUCGGCUAACAUACCACCGGGACUCUGUGAGCUUGUAAAUGAAGAUCUGUUACCCAAACCGCAGCCUAAAGAGAUUCAAAUGCGAAGCCAAGCAUCACAAAAAGCUUACAAAAGAUAUGGACAGCCUUCUUAUCCGUCUAUAUCACUUUGUGGCAAAAGCGAACCUCGCGGGCCUAUGGAGUUCCCCCCAUAUUAUACUGAUGGUAUCUCGGGACAAGUUUUUAAGUCGCCUAAAAGUGAUGAAUUGAAUGAUAUCUUUACUUUCAAUUUCCAGAAUGAAAUUUACAACAAGGGCCUAGGCGGAUUCUGGCACAGAGGUCUCAUGAAUGUUGAGUCAUUAGAUGCUGUAAUAUGGCGUAAUUUACAACGGUACUUGAUACGGGAGCGCGUUUACACUACCUUGGAAGCAGGCUCAAAUUCGCUUGUUGCCAAUUUAGAUUGGUCUGCAACUCCUUACAAAGAGAGGAUAACUCUACGCCGUCAAAUGUUUCCGCGUGCUGCUUGCUCUAUCCAGAAAAUACUUGAUGUUCUAGCCGUGACGGAAGAGAUAAUCGGCCUUAGCAUUGGAGCUAUUGCGUGGGCAUGUCUUCUGGGUGCCGUCGAGAACUUGCUUUCGCUUGAUCCAAAUUGGACAGUUGACCCCCCAGUCAAAAUUAUCACAGAAAUGAGCGAAAUCGUUAGCAAAAUCGCUCGAUAUACCGUCAUGGAGAAUAUUUACGCUCAGUGGAAAGGAAUGAGUCUUAAUAAAGAUUACGAACAUUUUCUUAUCAACCUAUCCACUCAUAUCUUGAUCUAUCUCGGGGCUUUCGUUCCAAGUCUCUCAGAGAAUAGCACGAAUGCCGAUAUGAAGCCCUAUUUUGAUAAAAUCAUCGACGCCGACACGGCAUGUCGCGGGUUCACGGUUAUCGUGAGCGCCGAGAGUACUACCAUUGAUCGGAAACGCUCAUUUGAGGAAUUUUCGGAUGAUUCGGGCGACACUGACGAUUUAGACGGGGCUAUCUUACGAGUUGAUGGUGAUGAUGAAGUAAAUAAUAUGCCAUCGUCAGCAAAGCGCAUUAGGUUAUAA